AUGUCAUCAAUAGAAGAGCUUAAAGCAAUUCUUGAUGCAGGAGGUGACCCAAAUCAGCUAAUAGGCGGAAUGACUUUCCUUCAUUUUUGCAUUAAUGAAAACGAUACAGACACUAUUAAAUAUCUUAUUGAUAAAGGUUGUGAUCCAUAUUCGCCGAAUUGUACGAGUUUACCACCCCCUCUUCACUAUGCAAUCAAAUUGAAAAAAAAUAAGUCGUUACUUGCUCUAUUAAAAGCCGGUGUUGAUCCCAAUUCGAAAACAAGAAGCGGAACUCCUGCUUUGAUUACUGCCGUUAAUUCAGGAAAUCGAGAAGCUGUUAAUUUAUUACUUGAAUAUGAAGCGAAUCCAAAUGUAACUAACAAAUCUGACGAAAUCGCGCUAUUUCAUGCUAUUAACAAAGGAGAUUACAACUCAUGCCAAGUUUUACUUGAUUACGAAUCUCAAUUAACCGUUGGAAAAAGGUCUGCGCUACAUUUCGCAAUAAAACAAAAUCAAGCAGAGUGUGUACGCAUACUUCUUGAUCAUGGAGCUGAUAGAGCAGCUCCUGACUCAAAUGGAAGAACUCCAUUCGAAAUCGCCGCAGAUCUUGUCGAUCCAACAAUUGACUUACUUUUACACUGCAAGAAAUUACCUUCUUCAACAAUUACUCAGGCUUUUGUUAAAAGUAUUUACAACAAUUUCGAAGAAAAAGAAAUUGAAGACCUCAGAGACGUUAUGAUGGCAUCUCCUGCAAGAAUUCCAGCUGAUAUACACUCAUUCAUUGACAGAAUAAUUCAUACAGAGCAUUGCCACAUCAGAUUUCUUGAAUUCUUAGACCAAAGAGAAAUAAAGCUCGAGAAUAUAAUCGAAAAGUUAUCAUCGCCAGGUGCAGACCAAAUGGAUCAUGAUAUUUACAAACUUUCUCGUCAACUUCGAAAUUCUUUUAUGAAGAGAAUUGAAGACUCAACGAAGCAUCAGAAUGAAUGUCAAGACAAUAUAUACUCCCCUCUCGGACUUAGCCAUUACAACAGCUGGAUAAACUAUACACAGGGAAUGCAAGCGUUUGUUGACAAAAUUGUUGAAGAAGGCGUUGCGAAAUUUGGCAUGAAAGAUGAUUGUAUUAAUCUCCUGGAUAAUAGCAAGAAAGAAAUCGUAAAAGUGAAAGAAUAUAAAAUUAAAUCGAAUGAAAAAACGAAGCCGUUUCAGAUGGAAAUUGUAGAUUUUGUUUCGGUUACUAUCAAAAAAUUGAAAGAACUUCAAGUUGAAGGUUUGAAAGAUAUUGAUAAGCACUUCAAAAUGCUUCUUAGGCAAAUUGAAGUAACGAAUCCAGAGUUGAUCCGUUCUCGAUUCAAGAAGCAUAAGAAGAGACAGUAA